AUGAAUGUCGUGUAUUUCAACAAGGUGUUAUCCUCAGUCAUACAUGUCCAAAGUCUAUUGUUUGCAAAAGUUGUUCUUGUUCCAGAUGACUGCAUAGAUCUCAGAUGGAAAUGGUUCAAGGGUUGUCUAGGAGCAUUAGAUGGAACAUAUAUAGAUGUGACUGUCCCUGAAAAAGAUAAAUCGAGAUAUCGAACAAGAAAAGGUAAGAUAUCAACUAAUGUCCUAGGCGUAUGCAAUCGAGAUAUGAACUUUGUGUACGUACUUAGUGGAUGGGAAGGAUCCGCUUCGGAUUCAAGAAUCCUUAGAGAUGCCAUUUCACGUCGUAAUAACCUCAAAAUACCAAUUGGAAAUUAUUAUUUAGUAGAUGCGGGUUAUAGUAACUGCAAGGGAUUUCUAGCACCAUAUAGGUAUACUCGAUACCACGUUCAAGAAUGGGCUCAUGGUAGAAAUGCUCCUAGGAAUUUUCGAGAAUAUUUUAACAAGAAGCACUCUUCGGCUAGAAACAUUAUUGAGUGCUGUUUUGGUUUAUUGAAGAAGAGAUGGGCAAUUUUGAGGAGUCCUUGUUUCUACAAAAUUAAGAAACAAAAUAAAAUAAUUAUUGCUUGUUGUCUACUGCAAAACUUUAUUCGGUUUAAUAUGGAAUUCGACUCUGAAAAGGACACAUUUCUUGAAGAGGAGCAAGUGCUUAUUGGAGAUGAUCAUGGUGGCAACGAAGAUGGCGAUGAUGACAUGAUUGAGAGCAUAUAG